ACGUCAGCCUGGGGGACGAGCAGAGUGAGAGGGAAGGUGGGGGUUGACAGGUAAAGGUGUUCUGCGUCGUCGCGCCUACUACUCAGGGAAGCAUACCAAUGUUUUGUUGACUCCUUUGUUUUUCCAUUUUGAGCCAACUAAACAAGAAAAUGGUGAAAAAAGAGCAGGAGUCAGCCAACCGGCCUGACAACACUGCCUUCACUCAGCAGAGACUUCCGGCAUGGCAGCCUAUGCUCUCCGCUGGCAUUGUCAUCCCAGGGUUCGUCCUCAUUGGUCUGGCAUUCAUCGGCAUUGGCGUCGCUCUCUUUGUCACUUCACGGAGCAUCCAGGUGUUGGAGAUAGACUACACUGGAGUUGAGCAAAACUCCCCGUGCUUCCGGUGCACUGACCCAAAUAACAAGAACUGUGUGUGCACAGUGAAGUUCUCGAUUGACAGCCUCUUUAAGGGGCCUGUGUUCUUUUAUUAUGGUUUAUCCAACUAUUUCCAGAACUACAGAAAGUAUGGUGUGUCUAAAGAUUAUAACCAGCUGUCUGGAGACCUGAGCUACUUUACGCAACCCAGUGAAUACUGUGCUCCCUAUCAGUAUGAUAGCAACAACAAACCAAUUGUACCAUGUGGGUCAAUAGCAAACAGCAUGUUCAAUGACACCUUCAAUCUGUAUCAAAUUGUGAAUGGGGUAAAUAAGCAGGUGCCUUUGGAUGGAAAAGGGAUUGCUUGGUGGACAGACUACAAUGUUAAAUACAGAAACCCCACUGUCACACCUCUGAAGAAUGCCUUCAACGGUACUGUGAAACCCAUAUUUUGGCCCAAACCUGCUUACGAAUUGGACCCGUCAGACCCUGCCAACAAUGGCUUCAUCAACCAAGAUUUCCUGGUGUGGAUGAGGAGAGCGGCACUGCCAAAUUUCAGAAAGCUGUAUCGCCGAAUCACUGAGGGUGAUUAUGCACAGGGUCUGCCAGCUGGAAACUACUCCCUUGAAAUUGCCUACAACUAUCCUGUUCUGAGCUUUGAAGGCAGAAAGAAGGUGGUGUUCAGCAAUGUGUCCUGGAUGGGUGGCAAGAAUGAGUUCCUGGGUAUUGCCUAUCUCGUGAUUGGUUCAAUGUGUGUCGUCAUGUCCAUAGUCAUGCUCAUCGUCUAUGCUAAAUUCAAGUUCCCUGAGGAGGAAUGAUCGCCUAAUCAUGGACUGUAGUAGAGUGGGGGUUUAUCUACCCAAUCAACAUUUUUUAUUUUCUUUUUUUUUCCUUUUUACUCAAAGUUCAUUUCUCACAUAAAGGACAGUAUAGAACUAGAAUCACCUAUGUACUGAAAUCUCGUGUUAUUCUGGACAUGAAGACAUCUCCUAAGGUGCAGACGAAGCCUGGUGUCAUUUUGUGAGGAAGAACUUAAGUUUCUAAAUUGACUGGAAAACAGGAACCGGCUUUGCGGACACCGUGGGAUUCUUUCCACUUCGCACAUAUACGUGUCUGUAAGCACAUCUGUGAAGUUAGGCUCUCCUUUCUACCAAAAUAAUGCUUCCACCAUGAAUCUUACGAGGUGAAGGCAGAAUUGGCAUACAGUCUGCAUGGACCAGUAAUUGGUUGACAAAUGACAUACAUAUGCUCUUUUGUAAAUAAUGAAAUGAGAAUUUUAUAGUUAAAGCAGUUUGGUUUCUGCCGCUUUACUUUGUUAUUAUGCCAUACCUGGGUUUGGCAGGGUGUUUUUCUCAUUCACAUGCUGUAUUUCUUAAACUUGUUCUUACAUCAUCACAAAAUGAGCUUCCUCCUCAUUAUAGGUCAGUAACAAUAUCAAAGCCAUAAAUCAUUUUGAUAAGUUAUUUGAUACUGGAAAAGAAGUUACAUUUUAGUGUACGUCUGUGGGAUUUGUAAUGUAACUUGCAAAUUAAAUUGUGAAUAUGUUGCUGUGCUAUCUCAGGGAUAUGGUGUACAGGCUAUCCAGCUUUAUCAAUUUUAACUGUGAUUAUUCUUUGAAACUGAGAUUUUACUCUUCAUGCUGAUAUUUAUUAAAUAAAACACCACCAAAACAUUA